GCAGCGUGGCUGCAGCAUAGAUGCACAGCAAGCCUCAAGCAUUUGCCUGGCAUUGAAAAAGCCAUCUGCACUCUUUAUCAUGUUCCUUUUCAUGUCUGAAGCUUGGAAGGUUCUUACAAAUGCUCCUUCAAAUACCUUUCUGAGCAGGCAGUUCUUAUCUGGUAUUCAAGUGGCAAACUGCAGCCCUGCAUGGCAAAGCUCCCCGCUGGCCUGGGGAAGCUGUGCUCUGGCUGCCCCUGCAGAUGGGAGCCCUGUAUGCCCAGGCGUUCCGGGUCCCCGGUUGUCCUUCAAUGGAAAAAAUAACUUUCUUGAGUGUGCCAGCAGACCAUAAACUGAAAGGCUGGGAAAUGAUGGGAAACAUCUGGCAUUUGUCACAAAAGAGGAUUUGUCAAGGAGUGCUUUUCAAACUCCUGCUGCCAAGAUCCUGCUGCUCUGACAUACUCAAAAGCUGCUAAAUCAAUCGUCUCUCCCCUUACCUUCUCUGCUCUGCCUUCCUCCCCUUUUUUCUCUUGCACUUUUAACCCUGCUCAUUAAUUUAUUUUUUUCCCCCUCUUGCUUUGCUGCUUUCUUCUCACACCUGUUCCUUGUAGUACAUUGGGAGGCUGACCCACCUCCAUUGGAGCAUGCAAGGCAUCCCACUCUUCCUUUCUGUUUGCUUUAAAACAUAACAGAAACCUCCAAAAAAUGCACCUGCUGCCACAGCAGUCCCACUGCCAUGUGGUACUAGCAGCCCAUGUUGCUGCCUCUCAUCUCAGGUCAUAUGGAGAGAAACAACUUGGAGACCUUGGUGAUACCACCUUAAGCCUGGCUGCUGUAGGACCAGGCAGUAGCAUGGGCUAUUCUUGCACACCAAGAGCAUCUACUGAGUUAUAUUAGUAGCUCUAAGCAUCUUGAACAGAGUGAGAUCUUUAUCUUGCAUGGGAUUCUGAAAAGUAGCUGCUGAUUUUUGAUGUGCUUUUCAGGUUAGUUCAUGAAGCUGGUCAAUGUUUUCUAUGAACAAGGCCACUCUAAAUUCCACCGACAGUGUAGCCAAAAUCCACUACUAGAAUAAGCCGAAUGUGAAAUAAAGGCCCAGGAAUAAUUUGCUAAUGAUCAUGCAGAAGAAUAAGAACAAGUGUUUACAUGAGGAUAAGAGGCUUCAAGAACAGAGGAAUAUCACCAUACAAUGAACUUUCCCCAGUGAUAAAUCCCUACCUUGAAAAGUGUUGUCAACACAGUUCAGCAGAGACACACACCUGCUAUCACUUUAGUUAGUGAAAAAGUUGUCUGAAGUCCUGUCCUAAUCAAGGUAUUAACAUUUACAAAGUAGAUGUGGGUUGAUAAAUGUUAUGCUAUAGUCCAACAAUAUUGCUUUUGCUGCUGUAGGUGCGGCUAUUGCUCUUCACGUUUUAUGCUAACCUCAUCAACCACAUCUUGUUACAUCUACCUCUAUUGCCUUGAAUUACUGUGUUAGCAACAGGCCUCAGCUGUUUGUGACAACGGAAAGCAUGUGCAGCCAUUAACAAAUGGUCCUAAUUAGUAUAGAUCUGUAAAUCUUUGCUCGGCAGGAGUGUUGUGUCAUGCAAUUACAAGCAGAGAAGACGCACUUUCAGGGAGCAUAAAUGCCUUUGAAUUUUCAGUUAUGUGCUUUCAGUAAUAUGUGCCCGAAUAGCACAACGUGGUUCCUUAGGUUUCUGGUGAGCUUUUAGAAUUAUACCUAAAAUGUCAAGGGAAGGCUAAUAGGCUGUAGGAAGCACAUAGCAUUGGUACUGGUUUGCUGCUAGAGAUUGGGUGUGGGAACUUCUAUUUGUAGUAUGGCAUGUGGUUAAAUAUUGUGACUGGUUAUUUUGGAGGCAAGCUUCCCUUCAGUCUCUAUACAGCUGACAUUGAUGAGCAGAAAAUUAAACAGGAUACCAAGAAUGAGAGGCAAGGAUCAGUGUGAUGAGAUUCUAAUGUAGAUGUUCAUGAUCAGUCCAAGUUCUGCUCAGUACCUGCUGUGAAAAGAGCUCCCCUGUAGAGCAUGGAAAGGAAAGGGUUUGUUGGCUUGUUUUCUUUAAUUCUUCUCUAUAGUGGAAAAAAUAUUUCAGAUAAGUGUUCUCCUAGAUUUCCCUCUUAGGAGAUAAACAAACCUUUUGCCAAAAAUGUUCAGUCCUGUUGACUUUGGGCUCUUUAUGCAUUGGACUCACGCCAUGACCCACCAGCCAAGAAUCCCCUUCAUGGCAGAGGUCAGAUGGCACACAAGUCGGCUUUGUGUUCCCAACAGCCGGGCCUGCUGCUCUGAGGAGAAUCAUCACCUUUGCCCAUGGCAGGAGCACCACCUGUCUGGUUGGAUAGUGUGUUCAAUAGGACAUCUGGGCCUGGAGUGUCUGCUCUGCACUGUCUGGGUCAUCUGCUGGUUGUGUUGAGGCUAAACAGGAACAGGUAAUAAUUCAACCUGUUGCUCCUAUCUGCAGUUGUCACCUCAGAGGAACGGCUGAGACCAAGAGAGCUUGGGAAAGUGAUCCUAAGGGUCAUGGGGAGACGUGCUUGGUCUGCUCUCUGCAGAUGGAGUGAUAAUGAACUCUCCUGAAGGAAGGAAGAUGUCUGUUUGAGGCUUUUAUUAUCUGUGAAGCUGUGAAUCAUCCCAGAUGCUAAUCCUUGGGUGUGCAGUCAGCAGAUCUGUGCUGUGGAGUGCCAGCCUGCUUCGGAGGCAUUCAGCACACAAGGACCUGUGCCCUGUUUUCCAUAUCUUUCACAUUUUUUUUUCUGGGAUUGUUUCAUGUUUAAUCUUGCAGUUAUGCUUCUCAUAGACUUUUGGACUUCAUAAAUCCAUUUUCAUAGGGAGCAGAGUGCAGAUCUGCAAGGUCAACCAUUUAGGAGAUUGCAUCCCUUUAGCGAGAAAAGUCCCAAGAACCAACUUUGCCUCCUAAAAGAAGUGUGUUCUCUACUAUUAGAAGAAACUGGAUUUCCUUCAUAGAUUGGCAGAAGAUCAGAGGAGUUCCAGCCCUUCUAAAAGUUGUCACAGCUCCCUGGACUCUUCUGCUAACAAGCUGCCCCAGGGCCCAUGUUUCAUGCUCGAUACUGGAGGGAUGGACCCCACCUUGCAUCAGAGAAGUGGUGGCAGCCCCUCAGUCCAGCAUAUGGGACACGAUGUGGCAUUUCUGUGCCCAGCUGCCAGAUCUGGUGACAUUUCUGCAGAAUUUGAUGAGGAUGCUGCAGACCCACAGCCUCAUUUUCAUCGGUACUUCUACUACUUCAGCCCUUGUUUUGGCUGGCAAUGAGACUGCUGAACAGAGGACUUAGAGACCUGCUAUUAAACCUCUGCUUAUGAAUAUUAGGGGUUGAGAAUCUAUAUUUAGAGGAGCAGUCUUUUUGUUUGGUAAAAAUGAGCUGUUUUCUUAUCGCUUCCUUGUGAAACUCUCUCCUACUUCACUAUUUCCCUGCCAGCCCUGACUGGUUAAUGCAGCCAUUGCAAUUAUGAGUCAGGCUUUAAAAAAGCAGGAAAACUUUAUUUUAAUAACAAAUUACCUUGAGUCAAUGACUGAAGUUGGAAGGGGCUCAUGAGGCCAUGUAGCCCAGCCUCCUGUUCUGAGAAGGGUCAGCUAUGAGAUCAGAAUAGGUUACUUGGGACUUUAUGGGUUUUUUUGGUCUUCAUUUUGGGGUAGGUUUUUAUUUUUACUCUGGUUUCUGAGGCCUCAGGAGGAUUCACGUCCCUACAAAACCCUGGUAAUCUGCAAGCUGGGACAUCAUGUAGCAUCUUGAUCCCAUCAGCAGGCUUUGAAGGGGUGAACAAAACCCCUCUGCUUGUGUGAGCACGGACUGUAUAAGUGCUGAGAGAAGAAAUCCUGAUUUUCUGCCCAGAUGUCCCUGUUCAUGGCAGUUGGGUGCUGGCCAGUUUGCAAAGAAAAGUGCAUAUUCCUGGCUUUGCUGGCCUCCAAGCUCAGUAACAACAGCUCCUGCGUGCUAAUUGACCCCUUCUUGGCAACACCAUCAAAGACACUGCAGAAUAACGAGGCUGUUGAUUGAACUAUUUCUUUGUCCCCAGGGGUGGUCCCUCUUUUAGCAUUGAGGUGCAUUGUCAGGAUUGGGAGAGAAGCUUGGAGGGCGAUUAGCCAAAAAGCUUUUGCUUAUUGUGCCUACCGUGUGACAUCUGCCAUGAGACUGGAGGUGCGAGUGGUUUGCUGCACUUUCCUGCAUCCUACAGAGCAGCUCCCAUGCUGCAGCUGCCCUACAGGUGCUCACAAGGAUGGGAGAAUGGGUGACGCAGCUCAGAGACAAUCUGUAAUGCUGAAGUCUGAUGGAAACAGCUCAUGAGUGGGGAACCACCUUCAAGGAAAACCUGGCUGCAGAAGCUGAGGCAGAUGCUGAUGAACUUGACUGUGAUGAAAACACUCGGAAAGACUUGAAGACGCUGCCUGUCUUUCCCACCAAGACCCUGCAGGAACAUCCAUCACUUGCUUACUGUGAGGAUAGAGUCAUUGAACAUUAUACGCAAAUAAAAGGUCUGACCAGAGGACAAGCCAUUGUUCAGUACAUGAGAGUGGUAGAAGCUUUGCCAACAUAUGGAGUCCAUUACUAUGGAGUAAAGGAUAAACAAGGAAUCCCUUGGUGGCUUGGAAUAAGUUACAAAGGGAUAGGCCAGUACGACUUACAAGACAAAGUUAAGCCCAGAAAACUAUUCCAAUGGAAACAGCUGGAAAACCUCUAUUUCCGUGAGAAGAAGUUUGCUGUGGAAGUGCACGAUCCCCGCAGGAUUUCAGUGUCAAGAAGGACCUUUGGUCAGAGCGGGCUGGUAGUGCAAACCUGGUAUGCAAACACUUCCCUGAUCAAAUCCAUCUGGGUAAUGGCCAUCAGUCAACACCAGUUCUACUUGGACAGAAAACAAAGCAAAGCAAAAAUUCCUUCAGCCAGAAGUUUGGAUGAUAUCGCCAUGGAUUUGACAGAGAUGGGAACACCAAAGGUUUCAAAGCUAGUGACUCUGGAGGCAAAAAAUCAGCUGAUUAUGGCCAGCAAUGGCAGCUUAAUCUCAUCAGGCUCUCAGGAUUCAGAGGUCAGCGAAGAACAAAAGAAGGAGAAAAUUAUGGAGCUAAAGAAAAAAGAGAAACUCCUUCAGGAAAAACUACUCCAGAAAGUUGAAGAACUGAAGAAAAUCUGCCUGCGUGAGGCGGAGCUGACAGGCAAGAUGCCAAAGGAGUAUCCUCUGAGCGCUGGAGAGGAACCUCCCCAGGUCAGAAGACGUGUCGGCACAGCCUUCAAGCUGGAUGACAACCUGCUCCCCACUGAGGAGGAUCCUGCUUUGCAGGAACUGGAGAGCAAUUUUAUCAUACAGCAGAAGCUGGUAGAAGCUGCAAAGAAACUUGCCAGCGAGCCAGACCUCUGCAAAAACGUGAAGAAGAAAAGAAAACAGGAGUAUGCUGAUGCUGUCAAAAAGCUUCAAGAGAUCGAAAACGCCAUUAAUGAGUAUCGCAUCAAAUCUGGGAAGAAGCCAACCCAGAAAUCAACUCUUACUCUGCCAGAUGAUAUAAUUCCAUCCGAGAGCAGCUCUCUCUCUGAUACAACAACCUAUGAUGACGGCAGUGAAUCCCUCAGUGUGCCAGCACAACGAACCAGUUCUGCACAGCUUUCCCCAAGGCUGCUUCCACCAAAGUCUCUUGGGCUGGAGAGAGUUCAUCUCAGAAAGUCAUCCAUGAACGAGCAGCUCUUGGAAUCAAGGCAUUCCAGGGACCCACUUUCCACUCACAGCAGUCCUUACCGCACCCUGGAACGAGCAGCCCCAUCCCAUGGAGGAAGAAGCAUGCCUACAACACCUGUGCUCACGCGCAAUGCCUACAGUAGCAGCCACUUACAGCCAGAUGUUUCCCCACACCACUGUAGGCAGCGCAGUGGCAGCCUGGAGUCCCAGACCCACCUGCUGUCCGAGGUUCCUGCUGAGAAGACUGCCUUCUCCCUCACAAAGUCCCAGAGAAGCAGCAGCACUGAGAUCCUUGAUGAUGGGUCAUCCUACACCAGCCAGUCGAGCACCGAAUAUUACUGUGUGACACCUACACCCAAACCAUAUUACACUACUCAGACUCUUGACAACAGGACCAGGGGACGAAGACGGUCAAAGAAACAGCACAUUUCUGCUGCAGGUUCAGGAAGUAUGCCAAAUCUUGCCCAGAAGGACGUCCGGAAUGGUGUCUAUCACAAAAGCCAGGAGCAGCCUUCCUCCAGCUACUAUAUAUCUGGAUAUUCCCCAUACACUGAAUCUGAUGUUUAUUACAACGGAGGAUACGUUUAUGAGAGCGAUACAGAGGGACAGUACAGUGUCAAUCCUUCGUAUCGCUCAUCGGCGCAUUAUGGAUACGACCGUUACAGGGAAUUCAGGUCUUACAAUGAGGACGAAGUGGACAGAGUACCACACAACCCAUACGCAACCCUACGGCUUCCAAGGAAGCAAGUUGCUAAAACGGAGCAUAUAACCAAAAACAUUCACAAGGCCUUAGUAGCAGAGCAUCUCCGUGGUUGGUACCAACGUGCCUCCAGUCAAAAGGAGCAGGGUCAUUGCCUGCAGGCAGGCUUUGAGUCUGACAGAGGGUCUCAAAGGAGUUUGGGCUUUGCUGGUCUGCAGGUGCCAUGCUCUCCCAGCAGUCGGGUGUCAUCUUUCUCUUCGGCAUCUUCUGCAAACACUGCUGGGAACUGGCGGAACCCACUCACACUGGGACUUUCAGAUUAUGAUACGUUAUCUCAUUCUUCUCUUGCCAGCUGUUAUGGAAAUGCUUAUGGCAACCUUCCUCUGCAGAGCAGAGCUCAGCCACCAACCUCGGCACGACUUGCUGCUGCUUGCAGCCUCCCUGGGUGCAGGGGCUUUCCUGAGGACUGCAGGGAGACCAGGAUCCCACUGGGGCGUUACAGAAAUGCAUGCAGGACUCUUGCUUCUCCUGCUUUGUGGUUUCGCUCUGCCCCGCUGCUUGCACAUCAGCCAUCACCCAGGAGAACAGCAGUUGCCUGUCCCAGAAGUGGCACAGAUGCUGCCAUGUCUCAGUGCCCCCAUGCUAAGCACAGCCAACUGUAGUAGUGUACCCAGAGCCCAGCCAGCUGGGCGGUGAUGAGGAGAACCAGCUGGAGGAAGACUUGCACAGCAGCGAGCAGAGGUUGUUCUGGCAUGAGGAUUCCAAGCCUGGG